AUGGAUUCAAGCACCCACAAGCAUUAUCUUGUACAUGGUUAUGAUUCCAGACAAGCCCUGGAGCAUUAUUUUUCAGAUAAACCUGAUAUGGCCUUUGCAGACGAUACCUUGAUAUUUCCCAUUGAAAAUCUUAAGAAAACCUUCACAGAGGGUCAUAUUAAAGGAGAUGUUGUGAUUGACCUCAGCAUUAGUUCCCUGGUUCACCAUCUAUAUGCUGCCUGUGAGUUUUUCAAUCACAUCAUAGUGCUGAAGGUCAGUGACAGAUGCAUCAUGGAGCUAAAGAGAUGGCUGGACACACGGACAGGAGCAUUUGAAUGGGGGCAUGCUGCAAAACUUCACGUAGAAAACAAUGACCAGUUACAGGACAAAGAGGAGAAAGUGAGAUCGGCCGUUCAACAUGUGAUGAGAUGUGACCUUGAGAAAGGAAAUGUGACGGAUCCGAUAGUCUUACCACCAGCAGAUUGUAUUAUUAGUUUUGUGCUCCUAGAUGUUAUCUGCAAAGACCAAGAUGAUUAUAUAAGAUAUCUCAGGAAGUUCUCAGGGUUGCUGAAACCUGGAGGACACCUCAUAUUGAUUGGGUGUUUAGAUAUGACAUAUUACACGGUCGGGAAAGACAAGUACCUUGCUUUUCCCCAUGAUGAGGAUUUUACCAGGAAAGCUCUAGUUGGAGAAGGAUUUGUUAUAGAUAACUGUAAGGUUAAGAAGAGAACGUCUGAGAGUGACCUUACUGACUAUAAGGCUUUCAUAUAUAUUGCAGCUCACAAGGAGAAGUAA